AUGGUUAAAUGUAUGCGAUCUGAUGCAGUUCCAUUAUCAUCGGAAGAUUAUAAAUUUAUUAUACAAUAUCGUGAUGCAAAAUCUAAAACUGAGGAUUUAUCUAUACCUGAAUUGCACUUACCAAAUAUUGACCAAGCUAGUGUGGCUGAAAAUUCUAAUGGUCAAACUUCAGUGUUUGAAACUGUCAGUGGCAGAGCCACGAUAGGAAGUGAAGAUGGCAUGUAUGCUAUAAUCGAAUAUGAACGUAGAGAAGCAGAAGAAGCUGAAC